GUUUGUUUUUUUUUCUGUGGCCACCCUCACCCUACCCCGACCUCUCUCAUCCUCGCCCUCACCGUCUCCACCCGCCGCGCCGCGUCCCGGCCACCGCGCCGCCCGCCGCGCUCCGCUCCGGCGAGACAUGUCGCGCUUCGGCCGCUCCGGCCCGCCGCCGAUCCGCGACACCUACUCCCUCCUCGUCCUCAACAUCACCUUCCGCACUACGGCGGAUGACCUCUCCCCUCUCUUCGAGAAGUACGGCGAGGUCGUCGACAUCUACAUCCCUAGGGACCGCAGGACUGGUGAUUCGCGAGGGUUUGCGUUCGUGAGGUACAAGUAUGAGGACGAGGCGCAGAAGGCAGUCGAUCGGCUUGACGGGAGAGUGGUAGAUGGAAGGGAGAUCAUGGUGCAGUUUGCCAAGUACGGCCCGAACGCUGAACGAAUCCAUAAAGGAAAAAUCAUGGAGACAGUUCCAAGGUCUAGGGGUCGUUCCAGAAGCCGCAGUCCAAGACGGGGGUACCGUGAUGACUAUCGGGAGAGAGACUAUAGAAAGCGGAGUCGGAGUAGAGAUAGAUAUGGACGUGACAGGUAUAGGGAGAGAGAUUAUCGUCGUCGUAGCAGGAGCCGCAGCUACACUCCUGAUGAUUACAGGAGACGUGGCAGAGACAGUGUGUCACCUGCACGCAGAAGCCUGAGUCGUAGCAGGAGUCGUAGCUACAGUCCUGAUGAUUACAGGAAGCGUGGCAAACACAGUCAAUCGCCUGUGUGUAAAAGCCCCAGUGCAAAAAGAAGCCCCAGUAUGUCGCCUGCACGCAGAAGCCCCAGUGCUUCGCCUGCACGUAGAAGCCCUAGUGCUUCGCCUGUGCGCAGAAGCCCUAGUCGCUCUCCUCGCAGGACACCAUCUUCUCAAGAGGGAUCUCCUGUCAAGCGCUAUGAUGAGCCUAGGCGCUCUCGUAGCCCUUCGACGUAAAGCUGAAUAUCAAGAAUAUGCAUCAAACAGCUGAGGAUGAAUGGAGUAGAGCUGCUCAUGUCAAGAGGCUGUUCGGUGCCUGAUGAUGGAAGGCUCCGGUGAAAAAUUGGAAGUUACAGGGAGUGCUAUCAGUUGCUGUUACAAGUGAACACUGGUUUCUUGUGAACACCUUAACGCUUGUUAAGAACUAUAUGUACUUCAAUUCCUUUUCAUACAGACUUGUCUCUUAGCAUUUGAUAGUAUCACUUCUCUUUUGGUACUUGGUACUUACUAUAAAUGGUAAUUUGAACCUUUCUAGUUCCAUGAUGGGAUGAAGAGGUGCUGGCUGAUAGUGUGGUCAACAUCCAAGUUGCUGUUGCUGUUGCGGUUGAUAUUGUUUUGUGCUGUUUGCCUUGAUGAUGAUGGUGAUGGUGACGAUGAUGAGAUGAUGGUAAUAUCGUUUUGCCGCCUGCUUACAUCCUUUGCUGUCUGCACUCGUUAUGCUGACAAGUAAGGUCCCAUUGAUUUAGUUGAGUUUCAUUGCAACUGUUUGAAUUUAGCUGAGUUUCAUAAUAACUGUUUCCCGUCAUGCAUUGUUGAAAUGCUCUGUUCAUGGAUGGUGCAUGCCAGCGAUUUAGAACUUGGAUUUUGAAAUGCCAUCUUUCAUUGUGCAUGUGUGCAUUUUUUAGAACUUGGAGUUGUGUAUUUGAGCACAGAAUGUUUCCGAACAAUUAGCUUUGCAUUCUCGAUGGUUUGCUAUUGCUGUAUAAUGAAUGAUUCCUGUAGUUUAGUCGUAUGGACUCAUAUAUGACAUAAUUUACCAGCCUAUAUGAUUAGUGAAUAGAAAUUGUAGUCUUAUGUGAUUAUGAUAAAGUGAUAAAUUCAUCUUAGUACCUUACCCCAUGGUUCAGAAAACACACUCACGUUCGGUCAUUAAUUAAUGUUUUAAAUGAUGUAAAAGCUAUGUUUUACCGCGUUAACUAUGUUGUGUGACCAGCAUAACAAUUUAAUAGCUCGAUAGAGAUCAUUGCAUAUAUUAGUAUUUGCUGUACUUCACCUUCCUUUAUAGCAAUAGUUUGGGAGAACUCAGUUGCAGAGUUAGAUUCGCUUGGUUGGCCCGGACGCCCGGUACCUUCUUGAAGCGACUUGACCACUGGGGAUUUGCUGCCAAAGGAACAUGCCGUGGCCCUAGCCCUGGCCGAACAAGUUUCAUGGUUCAUAAUUUUCCUGUUAGGACUGUAAUUUGAAACCGUGAUGUAUGACAACUGCUCUGAACAUGCUUCAUACUACCAAAAAUUUCGGUCUCAUGGAAAAUAUGAAAUGGCAAAUUGACAAAAACUCA